AGCAAUUUUUUGCUCUCUUGUCUCUCAUCCUCCAAAGUCCAAAGUCCAAACAAACAAAAUUUUCCAUUUCAAUUUAGAAGGUUAUUCCUCCCAUCCAACCAACGCAAACAGACCCUAAGCUGCAACCGCAAUCCACAUCGGAAAUAACCAGAAGCGUGAGGCAUUAUCGCAGCAGAGCACAACCAGGGACGAAGGCGUAGCAGACGCAUCCCGGCGAGAACGCAGACGCACCAGGGCACCAUCGCCGUUUGUAUCACCGGAGAGAACGCAGCAACGUCGGGGCACCAUCGUCAGAGCAGCCCCGCAGCAAUCCCCGAGGAGAUACCGGAGACGAAGCACCAAGGCUGGAGCUUAGAGCAGAUCCAGCGAAUCGAAAGCAGCAGUCAGCAAGGAUAUUGGGUCUAGCAAAGAGACAUGGAGGAACAAUUCAUACUCAGGGUUCCACCUUCCGUGGCUGAGCAAAUUGACCGCCUUCUAAGUGAGAAUGCUUCUUCAGAAGACACAGGACUGGAUUUGACAUUUUCUGAGGAUGGUAGGAGUGGCACAUUUGUCAUUGGAAAUGAACGCUUCCCUGCAUCCCUCUUGGAUCUUCCUUGCAUAGUGGAAUCUUACAAAACCUAUGAUGACAACGUGCUGAUAAAAACUGCAGAUAUUGGUCAGAUGAUUAUGGUUAGGGAAGAAGGAGAUCCUGCUCCCGAUGAAGCGGAGUACAGACAUGGCCUCACCCCUCCAAUGAGAGAUGCUCGUAGGCGAAGGUUUCGCAGGGAACCAGAUCUAAAUCCGGAGCUUGUGAGGCGUGUUGAGAAAGAUUUGCAGAAUAUCAUGGCUGGUGGAACAGCAGAGAAUAUCGAUAUCCUUCAAGUCUUUUGUUUAUUUUAUCUACUUAUCAUCUGCUCAAAAAGCUUUAUAUUGAGCAAUACUCCGUAAUACGGAGUGCUAAAAAUAGAGGAAAAAUCAUGUACUCUCUCUAACCAAGUUAGCAUGAACCCUUCAUAUAGUGUUUCUUGUUUUGUCCUUGACUAUGAGUGUGUGUGUGUGAUCACAUGUGGGAGUGGCUGAACAAGAGGAAGAUGCCGCGCGCACUUCUAAUAAGAAAGCGGCAGCACCCAAGCCUGCAACAAAGCCUCACGUUCCGCCCGAGCCUGAGAGAAGUGAUUCUGAUGAGUCGGAUGAUUCACUGUAG